CCUACUUGGUUUAAGUUGGUUAUUGCUGGAUAUCUUAUUGCUUCUAGGGUGUCUCAGGAAACCUCAAACUUAUAUACCCCCACAUUAAUCUCAUGGCGUACAAUAUAAAAGAGUGCAGAGUUGUUCUGCACCAGCUCUCAGAUGCUGCAGUCAGGAGUGGCUGGUGCCCUGAGCAGAGCCUCAUUCAAGCAGCAACUGACGUGUGCAAACUCAAGCCUGAAGUAAUGGAGGGCAGCAGCUCAUCCCUACCCUCCAUCAUGACAGUUUACAUCAAAGAGGAGCCUGAAGAUGAGGGAGAGGACAUAACUGUGAAGGAUGAACCACUUUGCUGUGAAGAAUAUGAGGGUGCCAUGCCGUGCGGUGCCCCGGCCACCAUUGGUCAGGAAAAUAUUUCUCCAGUACCCAAUGGAGCAGCUUUAGUCCAGGAAGUUCUUUCUGGUCAGCCUGUGGCUGAGUUCAAGUCAUCCAACUUGGCCAACAAUGGCCAUGCAAGAUUAGCAAAGAAAUUGCCCAAGGUUCCCCCAUCCACUGAUUCAUUACAUACAGAUGUUCCUUUCAAUGCCCAACAAAUCUACAAACAAAGUUUUCGACCUGCAUUAAACUGCAAGUUAUGCGACUAUGUUACUAAUACAAAAGACAAUCUCAAUAGUCACCUGGUUUCUAAACAUGGUUUGAGGAAAGACUUGAAAUGCAAGUUGUGUGAUUAUGUUGCUGGCAAAAAAUGCUAUCUCAGAAUGCAUAUGUUCUCUAUACAUUGCAUAGGAGAAGGUGUGGAAUGUGACCUAUGCGACUAUGUUGCGGCUAGAAAGGAAGCUCUCAAACAUCACCUGUUUUCCAAACAUGGUUUAGGGGAAGGAUUAAAAUGUGAAUUAUGUGACUAUGCCACUCGUAGAAAAUAUCUUCUUAGUAAGCACCUUUUUUCUAAACAUGGUUUGGGUAUGGGAAUCAAUUGUAAGUUGUGUGAUUAUGUUACUAUUAACAAAUCUCAUCUCAGUGUGCACAAUUUUUCAAAGCAUGGUUUGGGGGAGGGGUUAAAAUGCAAGUUAUGUGAUUAUUCUACUCUUGAAAAAUAUUCUUUGAAUAUUCACAUGGUUUCUAAACAUGGUUUAGGUAAAGGAUUCAAAUGCAAGUUGUGUGAUUAUAGCAACUGUAGAAAAAGUGUUCUUGAUAUGCACAUGUUUUCUAAACACGGUUUAGGGAACGGCUUCAGAUGUGAGUUAUGUGAUUAUGUCGUUGGUGAGAAAAGGUAUCUCAAUAAGCACUUGAAAUCUAAACAUGUUUUGGCUUAGGAAAAGUUGUGCUACUAUGUCUGCUUACAAUCUAAUCUAAACCAAGUUGAGGGGUUUUGGUUAAAUUCAGUUAAUUAGUGUAUUUGCUGAAAAAUAUACCUAUUGAAUAUACAUUAGCUGAAAAAUAUACCUAUUGAAUGCAUUCAGAUUUAGGACGAUUAUUUAGUGAAAGGGUUCCAUAUUGAGUUUAGUUACAAUGCCACAAUCAAAUAUGAAUAAGUCUCCCAAUCCAUACACCUUCCACAUCAAGAAAUCAAGGAGGUCUUGAUGCUUAGUGUUCAGGUCUGUCUUCUCAUUAUUUUUUUUUUAUUACAUAAGAUUCAAAUGGGAUAAUAUGGGAUAGUAUUGUGCAUCAAUUUUACAUUUAAUACAGUUGGUAAUAUAAUGUUUAUGUUUUCGUGUAUAAAUUAGCGUUGGCAGAAGGGCCUGUCGAGUGAUAAACUUGUUGGUAGCAACGAUGUGAUCUGCCGCUAUAAUUACUGUAAUUGUGGAUUGAAGAUGAAAUUCACCUGCUUGUAUGUUGGUCAGGUUUGUGAUAUUGCUCUUUAAAUGUAAAUUUUGGGCACACCGAUAAUGUUUGAAUUAGGUACUCCUCAAUGGUGGCUAUGAGAGAUUUUUUGUUGAUUUGAGCUUUUGUUGUCUCCAAUAAUAACAGAAAUGGCAUGAGUCACAGUUUGAAAGAGUUGCUGUGGAAUGCACUAAAAUCUCUGGAAGGUCUAUUUAAUGCAUUUAUUAUUUUCCUGAAAAAGAUUUUCAAUACCUUUAUCCCUUUUACAUUAAUAGCAAGUGCUUGAAGGCAGCACUUAAUUUACCAUUCAGUAUACAUGCUUUGGAUUGGUGAACUCGAACAAACUUGAGCAGGAAACUUGAAUGACAAUUUGAUUGCUCAUUAGCUCUGUGCUGUUCUUCCUUGAGCAAUGCGGUCUGUUUUAAUUUUUACAUUUUGCAACAACCUUA